GCGCCGAGAAUGAACUGAGUGGAUGGACGGAGCGCUAGACGACAGAGUGGAAUUUCUUCGGCAUGUUAUCCCUUUGCGGAAGAACAGGACGACGCUGCCGUGAGAUGCGUCAAUGGCACGGCGCAGAGAAGCUGGCUAACCUUCGUAGAAAGCAAACCAUUGCUUUCAUUCAGACCGGGGCCUAGUUACAUUGAUUUAUCCAAGGGCAUGUUCGCCCUGCGGAUGGCACGGUGAAGGAAAAAAACCUGCUGGCAGCCCACGCAUUUUUCAAGUAAGGCAGCUCCUGCUGCUCUUCCAGGGCUCAACGACUACGAAACCUUGACGUUUUAUACAUCAUGGCUCCUGUUCUAGCGGAGGCGGGAGGUCAGAGGAUCAACACUCGGGCCAUAUCUACAGCACUGACUUUAGUGUUGGUGUUGGUGGUAUUUCUCGGCUUUUGCGUCUUGCGGCGAGCCCUUCACCUGGCAAUCAGAGAGCAAGUACAGGUGCGGCCGAAGUCGAGAGCCAAUGCAUACAACUCUGUCCGAUCUGCACAGAACGAUUUAACAGCGGCGACCAUGUCCGUCAUCUGCUUUGUGGCCAUAUUUUCAACCCGCCCUGUUCAGCCUCGAGCGGCUCCACGCAGAAUUGGCACGCAGUGCAGCUUCGCACCCGGGGUGGUCGGGGCUCAAAAUCUACUGUACGGGGACCAUUUGGCGGCAUGCAUCUCGCUAAAGUCCUGUUCAAUAACUCACAGAGGUGGUAAUAGCUAUGAGUUUCGCUGGUGCAGUGACACGUGCCGGACUUGUCCCACGCUGUCGUGGAAGCCUCAGCAGCGCAAUCCAUUUUCACUCAUUGGCCAAGUAACAUUGCAUAGCCCAAAGAAGGACAACCUUUGCAAGGUAUGGGGUGUUUGUAAACAGGCUGUUGUAGGUGUGCGCUGCGCUGUUGGGGGGCGCUCCGGGCGGGAUGAGAGCUGCGUCACUCGUGGUGCAUCCUCUGGACUUGGAUUGCGGAAAUCUGUUCUUAGUCCUGCUUUGAAAGCGUUACGGCUUUGGCUCCAUCAAUGGUCCACAUGAAUCCGUCCUUCUCAAGACGCGUUGGCUGAUACCAC